AGAGUGGAAUCAUCCUCACCUCACCCACCGUAUUCCAUUUGGUGACGUUCUGGUUUUACGUUCCUCCUCAGAGUUAGAUCCAUGGGGGAAUCCUCCACGGGGGCGGUGGAUAAGGCGGAGGACCGCAAGGGAGUUGAUGGAGCGGCGGCGGCGGAGAAGGAAUUGCUCUGCCCAAUUUGUAUGCAGAUAAUCAAGGAUGCGUUCCUCACGGCCUGUGGCCACAGCUUCUGCUACAUGUGCAUUUUCACUCAUCUUCAGAACAAGAGCGACUGUCCUUGCUGCUCGCAGUUCCUUACGCCGUCGCAGCUCUUCCCCAACUUCCUUCUCGACAAGCUUUUAAAGAAGACUUCAGCUCAUCAACUAUCAAAAACUGCUACCCCUGUAGAACAAUUUCGUCAGUCAUUGGAACAGGGUUGUGAAGUGUCAGUGAAGGAGUUGGAAUCUUUAUUGUCUCUUGUGUCAGAGAAAAAGAGAAAACUGGAGCAGGAAGAAGCAGAGAGAAACAUGCAAAUUUUGCUGGACUUCUUACACUGCUUAAGGAAGCAAAAAGUGAAUGAGCUCAGUGAGGUGGAAAAUGAUCUUCAAUAUAUCAAGGAGGACUUAAAUGCUGUAGAAAAACAUAGGAUAGAGCUAUACCGAGCAAGAGACAGGUGUUCAGUUAAACUGAAGAUGCUCUCUGAUAACCCUGUGGGUGUAAGAUCUCGCGCAUCUGUAGAUAGAAGUUUUUCUGGUCUUGCUUGUAACUCUUGCAAUGUACAAGGAGGACUUUCCUUGAAUUCCCAAAACAAGAAAGACGAGGGAAGAUUCCAAUUUAAACCCCAUGUAACUCAGAGCAAAGACACUUCUUUGAGUGGGCCAACAUCGCAGCAGCUAAGUCAAUCUGGUUCAGCUGUGAUGCGGAAAAAGCGCGUUCAUGCACAGUUUAAUGAACUUCAAGAAUUUUAUUUGCAAAAGAGACGCCAAUUGAUCAACCAGCGUGCGAACUUAGAAAAGAAAGAUAAGUCUGUCAUUACAAGAGAAGGCUACAGUUCCGGUCUAUCAGAUUUUCAAUCAGUUCUUAGUACAUUCACUCGUUACAGUCGAUUACGAGUAAUUGCUGAACUCAGACAUGGAGACCUCUUUCCUUCAGCCAAUAUAGUUUCGAGCAUAGAAUUUGAUCGGGAUGAUGAGCUCUUUGCAACAGCUGGAGUGUCACGGCGCAUAAAAGUUUUUGAUUUUUCUUCAGUUGUAAAUGAACCUACAGAUGUACACUGCCCUGUUGUGGAGAUGGCAACACGAUCUAAACUUAGCUGCUUGAGCUGGAACAAGUUCACCAAAACUCAAAUAGCUAGCAGUGAUUAUGAGGGAAUAGUUACUGUUUGGGAUGUGACUACAAGACAGAGUAUCAUGGAGUACGAAGAGCAUGAAAAACGCGCAUGGAGUGUUGAUUUUUCUCGAACAGAGCCAUCGAUGCUUGUGUCUGGUAGUGAUGACUGCAAGGUUAAAGUGUGGUGCACAAACCAGGAAUCAAGUGUGCUCAACAUAGAUAUGAAGGCAAAUAUAUGCUGUGUGAAGUAUAAUCCUGAUUCCAGCAAAUUUAUCGCGGUUGGUUCUGCUGAUCAUCACAUCCAUUACUAUGAUUUGAGAAAUACUUGCCACCCACUUCACGUGUUCAGUGGCCAUAAAAAAGCAGUUUCGUAUGUAAAAUUUCUGUCCAACAAUGAGCUGGCUUCUGCAUCCACCGACAGUACUCUCAGGUUAUGGGAUGUCAAGGAAAACAGUCCAGUUCGCACUUACAGAGGCCACACAAACGAGAAGAACUUUGUCGGCCUCACAGUGAAUAACGAGUUCUUGGCUUGUGGCAGUGAAACAAACGAAGUAUUCGUCUACCACAAGGCCAUCUCAAAACCUGCAACAUGGCAUAAAUUUGGGGCGCCGGAUGUGGAAGAUACGGAAGAAGAUGCGGGGUCGUAUUUCAUCAGUGCAGUGUGUUGGAAAAGCGAAAGCCCGACGAUGUUGGCGGCAAAUAGUAGAGGUACAAUAAAAGUGCUGGUUCUUGCUGCUUAAGUUUAGUUUUGUAUAGUUUGCUCUAACUACUACUGUUUACUACAUUUAAAACUUGCAAAUGAAGUCCAAUUUAAACAUCUUAGGAAAUAUAGCUCUGCAAUUGCUGAUUGUGUUUGGUAAAGAUAGAAAAACGAAGCAUUUGAGGUACUUUUUACAGAUCAAAAUUUGUUGCUGCAAAACUUUCAUUUGAGGUGACACUUGUUUUAUUUAAUUGCAAUUAAUUGAUUUUUAAAGGGUGA